UACCAGCUCUAGUGACGCAUGCGUUUGACAAGCGGUUUUUUCUGCUGACAGAAUUUCUGGCUUUUUGCAUUUUGCAUUUGCAACUGAGUUUUUUGAAGAAUCCGAAGAGUGCAAAUUAUACCUAGAAAGGAAGAUCGCGUAGAAAAGCAGCUGAAAAGUCGGUGAAAAAGCGCACGUUGAUCGUAGUUUUUUUUUCUCGACAUUUUUCUGCAAAAAAAGAAAAGCCCGUGCGUGUGAGUGUGUGAGUGAUUGUCUCUCUCUCUCGCUCUUCCUUUAUUUUUUUGUCCAUGCGUGUGUGUGUUGGUCGCAUAAAUUUACCGAUAUUUCGCCUGUGAGAGCGAAACGGGCGUAAAAAGACGAAAGAAGACAAAAAAAAGAGGGCUGAAAAAACAGCGAAUUUCGUUCAAAUAUUGGGCUAAAAACGCAAACCAAACAAAAACAACAAAAAGCUAAGCGAAAAACAGGACGCACAAAAAAUCAAAAGGAAGAAGAGAGUCGUAAAGAGGAGAGAGCGAAAUAACCAACAACACAAGAAUAGUAGACCCAACAACAACAGCAACACAAUGAGCAAACAACAAUUUGAUCUGUUGACCAUUGACCCAGAGCAUGAAUUACGUUUUGUGGGUCCCUUCAACCGACCCGUUGUCACAAUCAUGACUCUGCGCAACAACUCGGCUCUGCCUCUGGUCUUCAAGAUCAAGACAACCGCCCCGAAGCGUUACUGCGUACGUCCAAACAUCGGCAAGAUCCUGCCCAGUCGAACGACCCAGGUGGAGAUCUGCCUGCAGCCAUUCAUCUACGAUCAGCAGGAGAAGAAUAAGCACAAGUUUAUGGUGCAGAGCGUCCUGGCACCCCUGGAUGCUGAUCUGACCGAUUUAAAUAAAUUGUGGAAGGAACUAGAGCCGGAGCAGCUGAUGGACGCCAAGCUGAAGUGCGUGUUUGAGUUGCCCAGCAACGAGGCGAAUGCGGAGAACACCAGCGGUGGCGGUGCCAUCGGCGGCGGAAGCGGAAGUGCCGGAGGUGGAAGCGGAGGCGUCAACACUAGUUCAGGCAUCGCUGAGGCUAUCGAGAAGAAGCUCGAGAAGCUCUCCAGCGAGGAUAUGCCCUCGAAUUUGCCCGAUACGUGCGAGAAUAUUGAGUCGCUGGCCUUUGAAAUCAAGGCGCUGCGUGAGUCCAACAAUGAACUGCGAAAAGAAAAUCUACACUUGAAGGAUCAAAUCACACGCUACCGCAGCUCGCCGGCAAUUAAGCAGGUGAAUGAGCCCUAUGCUCCAGUUCUGGCUGAGAAGCAGAUUCCGGUCUUUUACAUUGCAAUUGCCAUUGCUGCGGCCAUUCUUAGCCUCCUGCUGGGCAAAUUCUUUCUCUGAAUGCCAUAAACGAUCGCCAGCAACAUGCAACGUGCAGCAACAGCAAGACAGCGGCAACAUCAUCAAACAGCAACAGCAGCAGCAACUAACAACAGCAACUAACAACAGCAACCACAACGAAUGAACAACAGCAGCAGCAGAAGCAUUAAAUUCCAUCAUCGGCAAACAAGAAAGAAAACCCAGAGAUAAAAACAAAGCUGACAAAAAAAAAAAGAAAGAAAGCAGCAGAGAAAGAGAAAGGGAAAAAACAAGAGAGACAUAAAAAUCGUAAAUUCGCAAAUGGGGAAAUCUCUUUAAAAAUAUUUAAAACUACACCUACUAAGAUCCCAUACGUAUAUUGCUCAGAUUUUCAAUUGCAUUUCUUUUUCGCUAUUAAUAUUUAAGAUUUUUUUAAAAAGCUUCACAACCAUUUUUUUUUAUUCGUUUUUGAUGCAUUUUAAAACGGAAAAGUUGAAGUAUUUCAAAGAACAACCAAAAUUAUUUUUAAAUUGAAUUUAUAAUAUAUUUUCGACGAACAUUAAAAAUAUAAAUAUAAAAUUGUUACGUGAGUGCGAGAAUUAACUUCAGUUUAACAUUUUUUUUUCUUUUUUUUCAACCACCAAGACCUAGAUGUAAAAUUUAAAAUCGAAAAAUGAAAACCAAAUGUCAAGAAAAAAACCUUGAGCAAAAUGCAAAACAAAAAUACAAAAAGAAAAAAAUAAAGAACACUUGUAUGGAAAACCAAUCAAUGAAAAAGCUUCAAAAAGAAAACAUGCUCUGCAAGGCCGAUGCUCUCUAAAAGAAAAGUUGCUUCACCCCCCGUCGUAUCUCUCUCUCUCACUUUUUGUCUGUCCCUUUCUAAAUCCCGAAAUGAGAUCGAACGCGGGUCUAUAUAUAAUUAUAUAGAUAUAUAAAAAAAUCAUUAUUGUUUUUGGAGCAUUUGCAUUUACUACGUUUCGUUUUAGUCAUUUCAGUGGUUACAUUACUACACCCAUACAGACACCACUCAAUGAACGCUAUACAUAUAUAUAUAUAUUGUACGAAUAUAAUGAAUUUCUAUAAGCAAACCUUUAUGUAAUUUGUGUUGUUUGCCAAGGCCGAAUUGAAAAAAUUCCUUAGCCUAAUUAGCAGCGAAAUUGCGAAAAUCCAUAAACUAUUUCUGAUACGAUAUAUAUAUAUGACCGAAUAGGUGCAGCAAAAUCAAUCAACUUUUUAAAAACAUUUGACUCAAACAGACACACACGACUUGUUGAUGGUUAACACUAGAUCCAUGGAUCCAUAGAUCCACCAUACCCACUUGGUUCCUUCCGUUCCGCCCUCUAAUUACUCGCUUUGUACUUGUAAAAACCGGGUAACUGGCGAUGCAACUAGUUUUUCACCAUUAUUAUUUCGCCUCACAUAUUUCAUUGCAUUUGUUUGUGGUUACGACUUUUUUAUAUAGUUUGCAAAGCAUUGAAAAAGGGUAUAUAGAUUUAUACAUGAAUAUAUAUUCGCUGACAUGCAUGAUCGCUGUAUUUUCAUAGGCAUGUGGAAAGUCGUAUUUAAAUGUUUAACUAGAAAUACAGAAAACAAAAAUCUAAAAAUAAAUAAAAAGAGAAGUGGAAGUAAAAACAAAUAAAAAACAAAAAAAAAAAAGCAAAUCAUAAGCAAAAUGUACUUGAUGUCAGCUGUAGCAAAAAAGAAAAACACAAUAUAUAUGAACAUAAUAAUAAUAUAAUAAAAAAAUGUGGAAACGGAA